GUAUUCACGGGGAAGGCUCAACAUUUAUUACGCUGUAUGGUAUUCUGAUGUGGGAUAUCAUUUUCAUGGACAACAUACCCGACGUUUUCAGAAAUUCUUAUCAGACGUUCCCCCUGGAUUUAUACACUGACAGCUUCUAUGAGAACAGGAGGGAUGUCAUUGAGGCCAGACUCCAGCAGCUUCACAGAGCUUCCUCGGAGACACUGGCAAAGUUGAUUGCUGACAUCUGGACCACUCAGGAGGGAAAAGCAGCAGCACUAGUUAGCUGGGGGCGUUUUAUUUCCCUCCAGCAAGUUCAGAGCCUUGUCUCUUGCCUUGGAGGAAUGUUUCUGAGUGGUGUUUUUAGGCGACUUUCCAAAGAUCUACGCCACUGCAGAGGGGGACUUCCUGACCUGGUUGUGUGGCGUACUCACACUAAUCACUUUAAGCUGGUGGAAGUGAAAGGUCCCAAUGAUCGCCUGUCCCACAAGCAGAUAAUCUGGCUGAGUGAACUGAAGAAGCUGGGUGCUACAGUAGAAGUUUGUCACGUGCAAGCUGUUGGAGGCAAGGGUAAACGCCUCAGCUAACAAUAGAGGUCUUGGUCACGUGGGUAACUUGGGUGUUUUUAAAGGAAUUGGCAUGACACACACUAGUGGCUGCUG